UCUGUUCAGACUGGAGAAACGCAAUAACGCAAUUAGCUACGUUAGCCUACAGCCGGCAAAUCAGCUCCUAGUGUCCUUACUGGAUUAACGUGCAGGCCCGCAGGCUGCCUUGCUAUCCGUGGAGAGCUAGUCCGAAAGCCAGUUUCGUUAGCGUGUGGGAGGGUUCGGUCCGGAUGUUAAAGCCGCAGCUAGCCGCUUUUUUUCUGAAGCAACAAGACUAGCAUGCAGUCCAUACGGAAAUUGACAGUACAGGUACUUUGCACUGGCGACAAGCGUUGAAUGUCACCGCAAAUUUGUUUCCUUUUGACUGUGUAGGGUUGAAGGCAUAAUACAAAGGUCCAAUGGAAAAUACCGGAAAGAAGCGCAAGUCAAAGCAGAGCAAGGAGCGGAGCAAUGUUUCAGAAGACCCAGAGAGCUGGCGAAGUCCUAUUCGUUUCGAAGAUCUGGAAUACAGUAGAAAUUACAACCGUAAGCCCGAGAAGGGUUUUCAUGAUAAGAAGGGCAUGGCCAUCAUCAUUGGCAACAGUCCCAGAAGCCGUGGAUACAGUCCCUCGAACAGCAGUCCACGUGAGUUUGGUAGGGGUGGCUACAGGAACAGGUAUGAGCACAGAGAGGGGUUCCGGAAAUUUCCUAUUCUAGAGACGCCCCACUUGCAAGAGAAAAACUGGAGAGAACAUCCUUCUGGAGGCAGCUGGAGGAAGAAUGCCUUCCAGGAGGAUGGUGAAGACUUGGGUAGGCCACUGGAAGCAGGGAAUAGGCAACGGCACCUUAAGGAUUUGAUAAACUGGGACCCGGAUUCUCAUGCUUCAGGGCACAAACGAAGAAUGAGGCAGCGGAGGAAAGAUCACAGUGAGAGAGAUGAGGACGGAGGAGCUCAUGUGACUGACAUAUCGGCUCUCUCAGAAAAGGAGCGUCGGGUUGAAGAGAGGAUUGGCAAGGAAGGGAUCUUCCGACUUAGAAACCGUUCUCGGAACAAUCCUAAGGCUCGGUACCACUGUAACCUGUGUGACGCGCUGUUGGAGUCCCUGUCUGUCGCCCUUAAACACCUGAAAGAGAGAUUCCACAAAAAGCGAUCCCGGGACAGGCUUGAGGAGAUGCUCCUCAUAGAGAUCCCACCACCAGAAGAAGCUCAGACCCAAGCUGUAGGCAUCACCAUUGAGAAACAGGUGGUGGAAUAUGGUCUAGAUGAUAAAGAUGUGGAGAUGAGGCACCGUAUCGUUUUUUCGAUGGAGGAGGCCAUCAGAGCAGACCUGCCUGAAUGCUCACUGAGGUUAUAUGGAUCCUCUUGCACUAAAUUUGGUUUCAAAGAUUCAGAUGUCAACAUAGACAUCCAGUUCCCACCUCAUAUGCAUCAACCUGACGUGCUCUUGCUGGUCAACGAGGCGCUCUCAAAAAGCUCUGUCUAUAUGGAUCUGGAAGCUGACUUUCAUGCAAGGGUUCCUGUGGUAGUUUGCAAAGAAAAGCAAAGUGGUCUGAUUUGCAAGGUGAGUGCAGGCAAUGACAACGCCUACUUGACAACGGAGUACCUGUCAGCACUGGCCAACCUAGAACCGCACCUGCGCCCCCUAGUUGUGGGGUUUAGACGCUGGGCUCAGAUCUGUCACAUCGACCAUCCAGAGGAAGGCGGACUUCCCCCAUAUGUGUUGGCUCUCAUGGUUAUCUUCUUCCUUCAGCAGCGGAAGGAACCACUUCUACCCAAUUAUCUGGGGUCCUGGAUAGUGGGGUUUUCCAUGAGCAGACUGAAUCAUUUCCACCUGACUGGUGUGGAGAACGAUCAUGUGCUUUGGGAGUUCAAACCCUCCCAGGAGGAAACUGCACCCUCUGUGGAGAUCUGCAGAAAUGGAAAGGUGCCCUUGGUGUUCGAAGAUGAUCGCUGGCGCUCUGUGACUUUGGGGCAACUGUGGGUGGAGAUGCUGCGCUUUUACUCGCUGGAGUUUGACAUGGCCAACCGUGUCAUCAGUGUCCGCUUGAACUGUGUCUGCUUCCGCGAAUCCAAGGACUGGUCUAAGAAGAGAAUUGCUGUAGAAGAUCCUUUUGCGGUGAAAAGGAAUGUGGCACGUACAGUGAACAGUCAGGUCAUGUACGAGUACAUCCUGCACUGUCUGAAGACUACUUACAAGUACUUUGCCAUGCCCUUGGGACAGCAGAAAUCGCACCUCAUCGAUCAGAAGGCAGGGAGGAAACGCAGAGACUGUCACAGCUCGGGUGAACGAAACCAAGAUGAUGAGAGAAGCUACGAUGAAUCGGAUCCUUGUGCUGUUGACCCCCUAUUACCAGCCGACGGUUUCCUGCUUGAGUCGGGGUUGAAAACUCUUAGCUUGAGGUCUCCCAUGGUUAAUGGGCAGACAGACAGUGAGGAUGUUGCCAGCGAUCUUCGCGUUGUUGUUGAGGGAGAAAGGGCAUCUUUUCUGGAAGAUUCUGACUAUGUGGAAGAAGGGGUGGUCUGUGCGGACAGUGCUGAAAGUGACUGUGAGAGAGUCGAAGAAGACUGCCCGUUAGAUAUGGAUGAGAGUGACGACAUGGACCCCACUAAUUUACCCCAUUUCCCUCAAGAGCAGGAGCCUGAAACUGAGAGUCCUUCUGACUUGGAGGCACCUGUGGAGAUCGGUGAUAGCGAUGACCCUGAGGGGUUGGAUAGAGAGGAUGAGGACUCAGGCAGUGCUGAUGACAUCCUGGCUGAUCUCAAGAAACCCUCCUGCCAGGCAAACCAGUCUGAUGAAGAUGACGAGGAGGAGGAAGAAGAGUACACCUGUCAGCACCUUGACAGUUUCACCACAGAAGAAGAGCAGUACCCAUCGGACAUGGUGUCAGGGGAGGAGCUUCUCUCUGAAGGCGAGGGUCUCCAUACAGAUAGGCUGGUUCAAGAAGGAGAUGGUCCUGGGAUGGUAGUUGAACCAAGUUCACAUGCAGUUGAUCUGACGAAAACCCUAGAAUGUCCUGGACGUAAUCUGCAAUACAAGUUCCACAAGAUGGUCUUUACCCGUGGCAAGUCCCACACCAUCGUGUGCAGCCUGUGCAAGCACGAUGGCCACUUGAAGCGCGACUGUCCCGAAGAUUUCAAGAGGGUUGAGCUUGACCCUCUACCUCCUAUGACACCAAAGUUCCUUAGAAUUCUUAAUGACGUGUGCAUACAGUGCUACAGAGACUUUUCACCGGAUGAAGUUGAGGAGAAGGUUCGAGAACACAUCCUGCAGGAUUUGGAGAAAUUUAUAAGGCUUCAGUUUGAGGGGGCCAAGUUAAGACUCUUUGGAUCCUCAAAAAAUGGGUUUGGGUUCAAACAGAGUGAUCUGGACAUCUGCAUGGUCCUAGAGGGCCACGAGACCUCUGAGGGACUUGACUGCAUCGCAAUCAUAGAAAGCCUUGCCAGAGUUUUGAGGAAACUCCCAGGGCUGCGCAACAUAUUGCCCAUCACAACAGCCAAAGUCCCCAUCGUGAAAUUCUUCCAUGAGAAGACAGGCCUGGAAGGAGACCUCAGCCUGUACAACACAUUGGCCCUGCACAACACACGGCUCCUUGCAUCAUACGCGGCGAUCGACCCCAGAGUGAAGUACCUGUGCUAUGCCAUGAAGGUGUUCUCAAAAGUGUGCGAUAUCGGCGAUGCCUCACGUGGAAGCCUUUCUUCCUACGCCUACACGUUGAUGGUGCUGUUCUUCCUUCAGCAGAGGAGCCCACCCGUCAUUCCUGUUCUCCAGGAGAUUUAUGAUGGACCAAAGAAGCCUGAAAUCCUAGUUGAUGGCUGGAAUGUCUAUUUCUUCGAUAAACUGGAUGAAUUACCCCGCCGCUGGCCGGAGUACCACAGCAACACCGAGAGUGUGGGGGAGCUGUGGCUUGGCCUGCUGCAGUUCUACACGGAGGAGUUUGACUUCAAGGAGCACGUGAUCUCCAUCCGCAGGGAGCAGCUCCUCACCACCUUCAAGAAACAGUGGACCUCCAAGUACAUCGUCAUCGAGGAUCCUUUUGAUCUGAACCAUAACCUUGGUGCUGGAUUAUCUAGAAGAAUGACUAAUUUUAUCAUGAAAGCCUUCAUCAAUGGAAGAAGGGUUUUUGGAACUCCCAUUAAAGUCUACCCUCCUGAAUACCCCUCAAAAAUGGAGUACUUCUUUGACCCCGAGGUGCUCACAGAGGGCGAACUGGCCCCGAACGACCGCUGCUGUCGCAUCUGUGGAAAAAUAGGCCACUUUAUGAAGGAUUGUCCAAUACGCAGAAAGGUGAGACAGAAGCGUGAUCCCCUGAACUACGAGGACGGAGGAGGUGGCAGGCGGCACCAUGGCAACCAGGACAGGGUGCGGCCAGAGCCCCUGGAGGUCAGGGACCAGGCACUGCGCCAUGGCGACAGGCGGAAAGGCCAGGAGGAGAAGAGAUGCUUCAUCUGUGGCUCCUGCAGCCACAUAAUGAAAGAGUGUCCCAAAUACAGGGGUCGUGCUGGAAGCCCCAGGGGUGAGGGGUUAUCUACAUCCGGUCUCACGAAGAGCCCCCGCGAAAGACAGGGUUCACCCCUCCGGGAGGAGAGGAGGAUGCCAAAACAGUCAAAGAUGACUCUGAGCCCCCGAGCAGGCAGCCUCACUAACAGGCACCUGACUCAGGGCAGAGCCUCUUCCAGGAGAAAACCCAUGGACUGAAGAGAAGCAUGUUUACUUUAAGCCAAAACCCAGUCCCAUCCACCUUUAGCUCUUGUCUGUGUGUAGGUCACAUGGUGAGAAGCAGGACGAAACCUGAGCCACCUCACCGGUGUUAUGUUUUUAACCAGAAUUCCUCCAGAAGGAGUUUUGAUUUUUCUUUUCUUUUUUCUUUUUAUAAUUCAUUUUAAAUCCAAAGCCAUCACGCAUGCUCUUUGCCGAACAGGUUUCUAUUUGUUUUAUUUUAAUUUUAAUACAGUCAUUUGGUCACUUUGUCACAUGCACUAUGAACUGUCUGUAGAAAAGACAGUAUAGCUUAAAUUGGAACGCCUCAGAUAGCUGUACGGUAAGGCCUUUGGGAUUGUCUAAGCAGUGAUAUAAACCUUUACUAUUCAACUUUCAGAAAUAGUGACUUGAGUCUCUGAGUGUUCAUGUAAAAAGAAUAAAAGAUUUAAUUAGUACUGGGCUUUUGAUAAAUCAGAACCACAAGCCUUGUCUUCCACCUGUUUGCUGCUGUGUUAACUUACUACUGUGUGAAAACCGCUAAAAAAAUAAACCUUUUUUUAAAAUAAAAAAAAAGGAAAAAAAAAAAACUUCUGAUUUCAUUUAGUCAGCUUGAGGCAUUUGCUUCAAGUUAUAAACAAGACUUGUUCAGUCUUAAGAUUUCAAAUACAAUGUUCUUCCUGUUCUGAGAAGUAGUUUGCUAAAUAUUACAGUACUUCUUUACAAGUAUUAGUUGAUUUAACCUCAGGUUAUGUGAAUGAAUAUAUUGUGUGUUUUUGUAAUUUACAUUGUGGAAACCAGAUUUCCCCACAGUGUGAUGAAAACCUGUAAGUUUUAACCUUGUGGGGACAUUUUUUUUUUCCAGUCCCCACACGGAUAACCUUGAUUUUAUAAAACAUCUCUGAAUGCAAUCAAAAAAACUAUCCAAUAAUCUUGUAUUUUGCUUUAUUACCUUAUAGUGAAGGAUGUGGUAGUUGGGAUUAAGGUUAUGCCCAUAGAAAUUGUGUGUGUGUGUAUAUAAAAUAUGUAACGUGUAUGUGGCCACCACACAAUGCUUAAUUAGCUUCCUGUUGGCAUAGAUUAAGCAGGAGCUCUAGAGGAGGAUACCAUUCUACAUCAAGAAAUUUUUAUGACAAUGUUAAUGCUUGUUCGAGACCUCAGAUAUGGUUUGUGAUCAGGUAUUGUGACCGGUAUAGUUUACAUUGUUUUCCAGCCCUCCAAACCACAGUACUGACCACGUGUGCCCCACAUUUGUCUAAUCAUGCACUGGAUGAAACUCCCUGUUCACCUAUUUGCAUUUGCUUGUUAAAUCUUACAUUUUGGAUCAACACAGACAUUGCAGAGGAGCAGCGUAUGCUAUGACGUAGGGCAGUUUUAUAUCUGGCAUCAUGCAAUCUAAUAUAAGUACAUAGGUCUAUUUAUAGGGGGGACAAAUGACGCCAAAUUAAAUACUGGGGGACACAUGCUCCCCUAUGCCACUGGCAUGUACUCUUAUUGAAACUAAGGGCUGUUUAAGAGAACCCUAAAGCUGGAGCCAGCAUCCAACUGCAGGAGAACUUCAACUCUGCCCAUUUUCUUGUUUUCUCUUUUGCUGAUAAUGAAAUGGCCGUUAUUUGUUUUCACUUCUCUCCAACAUCUUGUUAAGCAGUUUUCCUCUCAUGCACUCAGAUAAAAUCCCUAUUUCUUCUCCUUC